AUGUCCGAGGGCUGUCGGCCACAUGUGUUCUUCAAUGUUUUCAGACCUUACAUUGCUGGCUGGGACUCAAAGCCAUUCAAGAAGAAAAAUCUGAAAGGUCUGAUCUACGAAGGAGUCAGCAAGGAGCCGUUCAAUUUUACAGGGCUAAGUGCUGCACAGAGCUCAACUUUGCCAUGUCUUGAUGCAGCUUUCGGAGUAGUGCACAAAGAAAAAGAAGACAAGUCGAGACGAUUCUUCCAAGAUUACAUGCCGAAGCCUCACAGAGACUUGAUAGCAGCCAUUACAUCAGGACCAUCCAUCAAAGACUACAUACAUUCAUCAGACUCACCUGAAUCACUUGAGACGUACAACGAUUGUCUUCAAGCCAUGAAGUCUUUCAGAGACUCUCAUCUACAGAUUGUGACCAGGUUUAUCAUCAACAUGGCUCAUCAGAAGACUGGCCCUGGAUCAUCAAGCAAGGGUGCUACAGGAACAGGGGGAACAGAUUUAAUGACCUUUCUGAAGGGACUGCGAGACUCCACCCUUAGGGCUAUGCUGCGCACCACCAGAGGAGGAGAUGGAGAAGAUGCCUCCGAGCAUCUCGUUCCUACGGCAACCCCUCCAGGAUGGGUGAGAGGAGACGUGAAGAGGGCGCUUCAAAUUACAUUGGUGUUUGUUGCCGCUGCAGCCGGUACCAUGCUUGUAAUGAGGAAGUUUUCACGAUGA